CGGUUGUCGGGACGGCGUCGGAGUCGAGCGCUAACGAUCGACGAUACGAUUGAUCGCAGCGAGAUGCGAAGAAAACAAAAGUAAUCGGGAGAAGAAAGUACGGGUCCAUCGACGAACGGCGACGUCCCUGCGUGAAAGGGGCGAGAAAGGGGGCGAGCACGACGCCAUGUCGACGUUCACCCUCUAGUUCGUUCUCGUUGCAGCCCUCGUCUAAAAGGCCAACUCGAGUCUGAAAAAAGUCGCGGAAAAGGGAAGGAAAGGUCGAGAAAAGAAAGGAGAGAAGGAAGGAAAGAAGAAGUCCCGAAGCUGGAUACUCGUAGAAAUCACUGGCGAAAUCACUCUUGAACGAAGCAUUGGGCUAUGAAUGAAGACCCAACCCUUUCAUCUCGAGGUUUUGGCAGUCUUGCUAUUGUCAGUGAUACCCUGGCCAGGUCCGAGCGUUUUUAAGAUAUCAUGCCCCCGCGAUCGUGCCUCGGUGGUGAGGAGGAUAGUUCACAAGAGAUGGAUGCCCAUCCUGAAGAAGUAUCAAGUGGAAUUACCCUUAGAAUGUCCCUUUCACGAAAGUCGAGACAUCUUUCGACCUCAGCAACGGGCGAAGCAUCAGCACAGACCGUCGCAAUGGACCUGCGGCCUCUGCGGCAAGUCUUUCUACGCCGAAAAACAUCUCGACGCGCACUUCGAUAACAGACAUAAAAGUAACGUUAAUACGGCGGAGGACGCCGUGUGCCUUGCCGACUACUGCGACAUUAUGAGAUGCGACGUCUUGGGAAAUCGUGACUUCGAAAGCUCGAUGGACGACGAGGACGACGACGGCGGUCAUCUCAACACCGACAUACAGGUAUGGAAGGAGAAUACGGAACAGCGCAGUACGUCGGUCGUGCCGUGUUCUCGAGAUCUCGCAAGGACCUAUCGUCCUUCGUCCUCGUCUUCCACGGACAAGUCGUGCGCGCUCGCGGCCACGAAAAACGACCUGCAGCGUUCGUACUGUCGACGAGCCGACGCUGACGUCCUAAAAAAUCAUCGGCUCGCCGAUUCCUCUUCUUAUCGUCGCAACGAAAUCGCUGGUCCUGAGAACAACAGCGACGCAUGCGACAACGAGGACGACGAGGACGACGAGGACGACGAGGACAACGAAGACGACGAAGAUGCCGAGGAUGACGAUGACGAGGAGGAGGAGGAGGAGGAGGGGGAGGAGGACGACGAGGAGAAUCUCGUAGAAGCCGCCCUACCUGCCGUCGAUAAGAGGCAAAGACGCAGAAGAAUGCAUCUUAGGAAACUCAAGUCCAACUGCAAGCCCGAGGAACUUCAAAAGCUCAAGUUACAAUGCGAAAUACUCGUCCGCGAUUGUAUCGCGGGACUUCUCGCAAAUCUCUCGGCACGAGAGUUCCAAGAAAUCGAAGGUGAACUGAACCGGGCGAUCUGUUGGUAUCUCAGUUGCGACAGAUACUGGGAGGAUACCAAGCGGCAACAACGACAGACACCUUGGUAUCUGUUCGCUACGUUUAUGGCUCUUUUCUGCACCUCGAUUUAUGCCUGCUAUUAUGUCAUCUGGGUUCUCUUCAAUACCGCGGACGAAGAGAGGCUCGACCAUACGGGAACUUUAGGUUACAACGACGGAAGUCUUACGUCAUCGUUGCACGAUCAGAGCGGGCAUGGCGAGGGUAGAUCGGUAGAUAGACGAAAAAUGGAAGGUGGAGACGAUAAUCUAUCGUCUACGAACGAGGAUAUGCCGGAUCACUACAUUUACGUCGCAUAUCCGCCAGAACUGAAACGUCGUCUCUUGGAAAGCUGCUACAACAGGACUACCAGAUUGUGAGAUCGAAACGAAAGAGGACGAUAUACGUUUCGUAUUCAUCUUGAACGGGACUGCGCUACGAACGAAGACGCUCUUUUCUCUCUCUCUCUCUCUCUCUCUCUCUAUUUGUCUGUCCGUCUGUCCGUCUAUCUGUCUUCGUGUUUUGUAUACCAAGUCUAUUCGAAUAAACUGCAACUGUACGAGAGGAAUUUUCCAUCGUAGAAACGACCAAAAGAGUUCGAGCAAGAAGACCGGCUUUAAAAUCUUUCGUGUCGCAAUUGAACCUAAAACAUCUUUUAUUUGUCAGAAAGAAAAAAGAAAAGAUAAGGAAAAAAAAAAACGGAAGAAAAACGAGAAGGCACUAUGGUACUGUUAAAAAAAUGCAGUUUUGUAUAAAGUAGGAGUAUCGGACUAGAUAGACUAACGGACUAAGUAGUAGACCCUAUACCGAGUCUAAAACCAGUAUGUCAUCUUUAUGGAACCAUCCGAGUCACGCUGAGUGUCCAUCACGCUCGAUUGCCGAACAAGCCGGCGAACGCUCGCACCGCUCGGUCGUUGUUGUUCCUCUAAAAUUCUUUGCGGUAUCGCUUGUGUCGAUGUGGUUUGAGCUAUUGGAAGUUCGGGUACCUCGUGCAUCUCGACGGUUUCUCUUUCCGACAGGUCCUCGUAGGAAGCCGCCGCGGACGAAGGUCUAAGGAUAAAAGUCAUUGAUUCGGACGCGCGUCCUUUCGAACGUAGAAGAAAACGAUAUAAUUUGGAGAAAUAAUCGGGCGAAGCUUACUUGGUCGGUAUGCAUCGAAUACAAUCGGCACAAGUCCAAUCCUUCCCAAAGAGCUCUCCCUCCUCCACCGUUUGCGGAAGUCGAUGGUGUAGAGUCUCCGGUAACCGUAAACCCGAAAGACCGCCGAUCACCGAGACGCAACCUAAGAUCACCAAAGGCAACACUAGAUUCUCCUUACCCUGUAAAUCAAAGCAUAUUCUGUAAUAAAGAACACUCUCUCGA